AGAGCCACUGAGAGGAGGGUCGGUAACGGUGGUGUCUCAUUGAGAGGAGGAGAAAUGCACAGACUGUAGCGCAUUCCUGCAACAGGGAAAGAGGGAGAGGUGGAGGAUCUCUGCUGUUUUUCUCCUCGUUACUGUCUAUUCCUCCACCACCACCACCACCACCACCACCAACCAACAACAACAACAACAACAACAGGCAAACCACACAAAGGCAUUUCAAUGGAAUUACGCACUGAUCCUCAGCCUUGAAGCCAAUGCUGAUACAUCCCCAUCCAGGGGUUAGCGACCAGGUGCGGGCUGGCUCAGACUGGGUGACGAUACUUCUCAGGAAGGUGUGACCUGCUGGGGCUGGAAUAUGAGCUCUGAGGGCGGUGCUGCCCGAAGGCAUGGUCACCACGUUCAAAAUCGCCAUCCUGGGGGCGCGAGGCGUGGGCAAAUCUGCCAUCGUCCGCCAGUUCCUGUACAACGACUACAGCGAUCGCUACACGCCAAGCUCGGGGCGACGCGUGUACCUGCCCGCCGUGGUCAUGAAUGAACACGUGCACGAUCUCCAGAUCAUGGACUUCCCGCCCAUCCCGUCAUUCCCGGUCAACACCCUGCAGGAAUGGGCGGACGUCUGUUGCCGGGGGCUGCGGAGUGCUCACGCCUACAUCCUCGUCUACGACAUCUGCUGCUUCGACAGCUUUGAGUACGUCAAAACCAUCCGACAGCAAAUCCUGGAGACCAGGAUGAUCGGGCCGAGCGAGAUCCCCAUCAUCAUUGUGGGGAACAAGCGGGACCUGCAGCGAGGCCGGGUCCUGCCCAGGCGCAACGUGUCGGACCUGGUGAGGAAGAGCUGGAAAUGCGGGUACAUCGAGGUCUCGGCCAAGUACAACUGGCACGUCCUGCUGCUCUUCCACCAGCUGCUGAGGAGCCUGAGCUGCGGUCGCUGCAAACACGUGCACGCCGCCAUCCGCUUCCAAGGAGCUCUGCGCCCCUCCCGCUGCUCCCUCAUGUGAGCCCAGCCCCUGCUCGCGCGCACACAUGCGUGUGUGUGUGUGUGUGGGGGUGUGGGUGCGUGUUUGUGUGCGCAUUUAACGUGAAACCAGAGAACCCCCACGGUUCGAUUCCCGGGCAGGCAGAGCCAGGGCAAACCUUAGGCAAGUU